UUUUCAGCUCUGUUUCACCGGAUGUAGGAAAUAUUGCAUCGGUAAAACUGUUCUUGGUGUUGCGCGAUCAAAUUAGAUAUCCAAGUUUGGCUUUCAGGAAAGGUGUCGCAAGUUAAGAAAUACUAGCCAGCUUCAAAACAAUUUGCCUCUCAUGUGACCAGGUGAUUCAUUAGUCAUCCUCAGCCAUAUUAAUCAUCAAAUCAAGAGUUUCUACAUAAAAGCUCGAGCAGUGUCCAUUGGUGUUAAUCAUGACCGAGACUGCUGAAUCAAAUCACGAUGAACACGGACAUUUUGAAGGAAUUCCAACAGCAUCAGUCGCGCUUUUGGCAGGAAUUUGUAGUGCUUUGCUUGGCUUCGUUUCAUUCGCAACAAACAGUGUUCUUCUAUGGACUCUUUUCAAAGAUCCGUACAUGUAUUUCCGAGUGCGCCCCACAACGUUUCUCGUGGCAAGCCUCGCGUUAAGUGAUUUACUUGGAGGAAGUUUCGUGCAACCUUUGUACUCAACGUACAUGCUUUGCCAUCCGUGUCGAGUAAAUUUACCAAGCCUACACAAUAUUUCUACCGUUUCUUCUCAUAUUAGCACCAAAAUAUCAAUUUCAACGGUCGUGGCGUUAUCAGUGGAUAGAUUUCUGGCUAUAAAGUUUAUUUGGAAGUAUAGGGCGCUUAUAACAGUGCGAAAGGUCGUCAUAUGUAACAUUUUGAUAUGGCUCCUUUGUGGGCUGUUUGAAGCAUGGCACUCAAUAAGUACAUCAGAGGAAAUAUUCCACACAGUGGAUCUUCAUCUUCAGUCUACGGCUCCACUGACAAUACUUUGCGCUGUCAACGCAGCGACUUACAUUGAAUUCCGCCGAUAUUCAAGAAACGUCACGUUCCUGCAACAAGACAAUGGAGGAAGAUCGCGCGUUUCUGCUCGGAACAUCGGUCUGGAAAAAAAGAUCGUUUUGACAAUCAUCCUGAUCACAAUCGUGCUGUUUAUAUCAAUUAUGCCCCACCUAAUUGUUACUAACUUGAAGGAGCAGUGUCCCGAAGAACAAAGCAAUGUGUGUGAUGGGCUAGCUUUUGAAAUAACAAGAGCUCUAUCAAUUUCGAUGUUGUGCGUUAGCUGUGCUUUAAAUCCGUUUCUAUACGCGUGGAGAAUACCGCAGUAUCGACAAGCGCUAAGAGCUGUUUGCCGCACAACUUUCAGCAGGUCUGCUUGAGGGAACCGAACCACGUGUAUUAGUUAAGGUUUAUCAGCCUUUCCUACUGCUUUAGGCUCUGGAAGUUUAAUCGAACAGAACACUCCUGCAGGGGAUCAAAUUCAACCAAAGCAAGAGCGACUGAAAUUGCCAAGACUUGGGCACGAGACCAAAAUGCUCUUAGUGGAGCGCAAUUAAUUUUGCUGUUUAUGGAGCGUGUAAAAGGAGAUAUCAAUAUCUUUGUUCAAUCCUCCUCGAUCUUUGUAAUUCAGAAUUUUGUAUUUUUUUUCAAAGGGUUAAAAGGCUAUAGAGUGUGUGAAAAUAUCAAAGCUUGUCUCAAAAGCACAGACGUAAUUUUUAAAGCUCGAGUGUAAAAUGUCUCAGAGAGGAAUUUCAAAGCU